AUGCAAAUCGACAAGAGGACAACAGAUCGUGCCAUCACUCAGCUGCCUUACGUCCGUCUUCCUGGACUUUGUUUUCUGCAAGGUGAUUACGUAAUAGACGCGCCCUGUAGCUUCGAGAAGGCCGUGAAGAUUGGCGUUGGUGGAGACUGUCUUGGCGUUGUAGGUGCAGACUUCGAGAAGGCCGUGAAGAUUGGCGUUGGUGGAGACUGUCUUGGCGUUGCAGGUGCAGAGUAUGAGACAAUUUCCAUGCUAGACGAUGGUGCUUCUGGCGUGGCCUACUCUUACGGCAUACGGGGAACCGGAAACGUCGAACUCCUUCUCAGCUUGGGAGACUCUGCUGGAGGAAAACCUCCGCUGUACUUUGCACUUCUACACCCAGAUGUAUGCGUCCAUCCAAACCGAGUUGUGGUAGCAAGCGGACAGUCAAGUCGGCAUCAGCGAGAACGACAUCCAGACCUUGAGCUGCGUGACCCGUAUGCCAGUAUCCUUGAUCUUGAAGCGGACCUGGAAAAUUCUCUUACUGAGGCACACGUGCGCAUUUGGGACAGCGUAACUUUGUCAACUUUAAAAAUUUUGUCGGGCUCCAAGGCAAUGUUUGAAAAAGCAGUAUCAUGUUUAGCAUUUUCUGCAGUAGAUGGUGGUACUUUUUUGGCAUGCACCGACGACUCUUAUCAACACACACUUUCAAUAUGGAGAUGGGGGAACGAAGCAAAGGCAGCAGAAGCUAAAGUGAGUAUGAAUUCCAAUAAGUACCUUUUGCAUCAUGAUACAGCACUCACAUGCUAACG